AGCUUCACGCUCCAGGCUACGGGCCGACUUCCACACUGCUGGCAGCGCGUGUGGAACACUUCGUACUCACCAUCCCGUCCGAUUAACCUUGAAAGAACCAACUUAAACUCUCCUUCCUGAUCUGAUCUCUCCUCCUGCUCUCCCCGCUCCUCCACACUCUCACAGAGAGCUUCCGGUGUGGAGAUCCAGAGUCCAGCAGCUGGUUUUAUCUCCUUCCUCUGCAUCCUCUGCCUCCUGGCGCGGCGUGCGUCUCACGUGGAGGACGGGGUUUCAUCACUUCUCUGGAUCCUCCAUCAGGGUCCUGGUCUCUGUGGUUAGCAUUAGCUGUGUGAGGGAACAUGAGUAAGAUGGCAUCCCUGGUCCUGGAGGACGGGACCACGUUCACAGGCCUGCUGUUUGGAGCUGAGGUGUCAGUUUCCGGAGAAGUUGUGUUUCAGACGGGCAUGGUGGGCUACCCCGAGGCUCUGACCGACCCAUCCUACCGCUGCCAGCUGCUGACGCUCACCUACCCUCUGGUGGGAAACUACGGCGUACCGAAGGACGAGGAUGGGGAGUUCGGACUGAGCAAGUGGUUCGAGUCGUCAAAGAUCCACGCUGCCGCUCUGAUCAUCGGGGAGCUGUCAGACAGUCCCAGUCACUGGAGUUCAGUCAAGUCGCUGGAUCAGUGGCUCAAAGAGCAAGGGGUUCCUGGAUUACAAGGUAUCGACACUCGCCGCCUGACCAAAAAGAUCAGAGAGAAGGGAACCAUGUUGGGGAAGCUGGUGGUGGAAGGGACCCCUGAGGAGAGUGUCCCCUUUGAUAACCCAGAUAAGAGGAACCUGGUCCAGGAGGUCUCCAUGAAGGAACCAAAGGUUUUCAACCCCAGCGGCAGUUUGCGGAUCACAGUCGUGGACUGCGGCAUCAAAUACAACCAGAUCCGCUGCCUGGCUGAGAGAGGAGCCUGCGUCACCGUCGUACCCUGGGACCAUCCGCUGGACAGCAAAGAUUUCGACGGUCUGUUCAUCAGUAACGGCCCCGGAGAUCCUCAGUUCUGUCAGACGACCAUCAACAACGUGAGGAAGGUGGUCUGCGUGGAGAGUCCGAAGCCGGUUUUUGGGAUCUGCCUCGGACAUCAGCUGCUGUCUUUAGUCAUCGGAUCCAAGACGUACAAGAUGAAGUACGGUAACCGAGGUCACAACCAGCCCUGCAUCCACAACGGCACAGAUCGCUGCUACAUCACCAGUCAGAACCACGGGUUCGCCGUCGACCCCGACACCCUGCCCCAAGACUGGGACGUCCUCUUCACCAACGCCAACGAUCACACCAACGAGGGCAUCGUGCACAACACCAAACCUCUGUUCAGUGUUCAGUUCCAUCCCGAGCACAUGGCGGGUCCCACUGAUCUGGUCGGCCUGUUUGACGUUUUCCUCGACACUGUGAAAGACCACAAGGAGGGCAAGACCUCCUCAACUGUGAAGCAGCGUCUGAUGGACCACCUCACCUACCCGGAUUCCGUGAAGCCAGAAGAUAUGGUCAGACCCAGGAAGGUCCUCAUCCUGGGCUCUGGAGGACUGUCCAUCGGCCAGGCGGGGGAGUUCGACUAUUCUGGAUCUCAGGCUAUUAAGGCUCUAAAGGAAGAGAACAUCCAGACUGUGCUGAUCAACCCAAACAUCGCCACGGUCCAGACCUCCAAAGGUCUGGCUGACAAAGUCUACUUUCUGCCAAUCACACCGGAAUAUGUCACUCAGGUGAUAAAGAACGAGCGUCCGGACGGCGUGCUGCUGACGUUCGGAGGUCAGACGGCUCUGAACUGCGGCGUGGAACUGACCAAGCUGGGCGUGCUGGAGAAGUAUAAAGUCAAAGUUCUGGGGACGCCGGUGUCCUCCAUCGAGAUGACCGAGGACAGGAAGAUCUUUGUGGAGAAGAUGGAGGAGAUCAACGAACAUGUCGCUCCGAGUGAAGCGGCGCUCUCUGUAGAGCAGGCUGUAGCUGCUGCAGAACGCCUAGGCUUCCCUGUUCUGGUGCGCUCAGCGUUCGCUCUCGGUGGUCUCGGCUCCGGCUUCGCCAACAACAAAGAGGAGCUGACUUCUCUGGUGACCUCAGCGUUCGCCCACACCUCCCAGGUGCUGGUGGACAAAUCUCUAAAGGGCUGGAAGGAGAUCGAGUACGAGGUGGUCCGUGACGCCUUCGACAACUGCAUCACUGUGUGUAAUAUGGAGAAUAUCGACCCUCUGGGCAUCCACACCGGAGAGUCUAUUGUGGUGGCGCCCAGUCAAACGCUUAACGACCAUGAGUACAACAUGCUGAGGAACACAGCCAUCAAAGUCAUCAGACACCUCGGCAUCGUGGGAGAGUGUAACAUCCAGUACGCUCUAAAUCCAGAGUCUGAGCAGUACUACAUCAUCGAGGUGAACGCUCGUCUGUCCAGGAGUUCAGCUCUGGCCAGUAAGGCGACAGGUUAUCCUCUCGCAUAUGUAGCAGCCAAACUCGGCCUGGGGAUCCCGCUGCCACAACUCAAAAACUCUGUCACCAACUCAACCACUGCAAACUUUGAGCCCAGUUUGGACUACUGUGUGGUGAAGGUUCCCCGCUGGGAUCUCAGCAAGUUCCUCAGAGUUUCCACCAAGAUCGGCAGCUCCAUGAAGAGUGUCGGUGAGGUGAUGGCUAUCGGGCGGAGCUUUGAGGAGGCCUUUCAGAAAGCUCUGAGGAUGGUGGAUGAGAACUGUGUCGGUUUUGAUCAUACCAUCAAGCCUGUCUCUGAACAGGAGCUGCAGACUCCCACCGAUAAGCGGAUCUUCGUCCUGGCGGCGGCCCUCAAAGCCGGCUACACGGUGGAUCAGCUGAACGACCUCACGAAGAUCGACCGCUGGUUCCUGUACAAGAUGAAGAACAUCGCCGACCACGAGCGGCUUUUGGAGACGUACAACCAGGAUGAGAGCGCCAUGCCUCCAGAGGUGCUGAGGAAGGCCAAACAGCUGGGCUUCUCUGACAAGCAGAUAGCGCAGGCUGUGCAGAGCACGGAGCUCGUGGUAAGAAAGCUGCGUCACGAUUGGUCCAUCCUCCCCGUAGUGAAGCAGAUCGACACCGUGGCAGCCGAGUGGCCCGCCUUCACGAACUACCUGUACCUGACGUACCACGGCACGGAGGACGACCUGCAAUUCAACGAGCAGCACGUCAUGGUGAUCGGGUCCGGCGUGUACCGCAUCGGGAGCAGCGUGGAGUUUGAUUGGUGUGCGGUCGGCUGCAUCACGGAGCUCAGGAAGAUGGGUUACAAGACCAUCAUGGUGAACUACAACCCGGAGACGGUCAGCACAGACUACGACAUGUGUGACCGCCUCUACUUUGACGAGAUCUCCUUUGAGGUGGUGAUGGAUAUCUACGAGAGGGAGAACCCCGACGGCGUCAUCCUCUCGAUGGGCGGUCAGCUGCCCAACAACAUCGCCAUGUCUCUGCACCGUCAGCAGUGCCGCAUCCUGGGAACGUCCCCCGAGUUCAUCGACUCUGCAGAGAACCGGUUCAAGUUCUCCAGAAUGCUGGACACCAUCGGGAUCAGCCAGCCGCAGUGGAAGGAGCUCUCUGACACAGAGUCUGCGGUGAAGUUCUGUGAGACGGUGGGUUAUCCCUGCCUGGUUCGUCCGUCUUACGUUCUCAGCGGAGCGGCCAUGAAUGUGGCCUACAGCGACAGCGACCUGGAGAAAUACCUGACCAGUGCUGUAGCCGUCUCCAAGGAGUAUCCUGUCGUUAUCUCCAAAUUCAUUCAGGAGGCAAAGGAGAUCGAUGUGGACGCUGUGGCCUGUGACGGAGUGGUGCUCGCCAUCGCCGUGUCCGAGCACGUGGAGAACGCCGGAGUUCACUCGGGUGACGCCACGCUGGUGACGCCGCCGCAGGAUCUCAAUCAGAAGACGAUCGAGAGAAUCAAAAGGAUCGUCCACGCCAUCGGGCAGGAGCUGCAGGUCACCGGACCUUUCAACCUGCAGCUCAUCGCCAAGGAUGACCAGCUGAAGGUGAUCGAGUGCAACGUCCGAGUCUCCCGCUCCUUCCCCUUCGUAUCAAAGACUCUGGGCGUGGACCUUGUUGCUCUCGCUACUCAGGCCAUCGUCGGGGAGGAGGUGGAGCCUGUGGGCCUCAUGAGGGGGAAAGGUAUCGUAGGAGUCAAGGUUCCCCAGUUCUCCUUCUCUCGCCUGGCCGGAGCUGACGUGGUGCUCGGGGUGGAGAUGACCAGCACAGGGGAGGUGGCGUGUUUCGGGGAGAACAGAUACGAGGCGUACCUCAAAGCGAUGCUCUCCACGGGCUUCAAGAUCCCCAAAAAGAACAUCCUGCUCUCCAUCGGCAGCUACAAGAACAAGAGCGAGCUGCUGCCCACUGUUCAAGCUCUGGAGUCUUUGGGUUACGAUCUCUACGCCAGCCUGGGGACUGCUGACUUCUACACAGAGCAUGGAGUCAAGGUGACGGCGGUGGAUUGGCCGUUCGAGGAGGAGGACAGCGAGUGUCCCACCAAAGAGAAGCAGCGCAGCAUCAUGAACUACCUGGAGGAGAACCACUUCGAUCUGGUCAUCAACCUCUCCAUGAGGAACAGCGGAGGCCGCAGACUCUCCUCCUUCGUCACUAAAGGGUACCGGACGAGACGCAUGGCCAUCGACUACUCUGUGCCGCUCAUCAUCGACAUCAAGUGCACCAAGCUCUUUGUGCAGGCUCUGCGUCAGAUCGGCAGCAAGCCACCAGUGAAGACUCACAUCGACAGCAUGGCGUCUCAGACUCUUGUUCGUCUGCCGGGUCUUAUCGAUGUGCACGUUCACCUGCGGGAGCCUGGAGCCACUCACAAGGAGGACUUCUCCUCGGGGACAGCAGCUGCUCUGGCGGGAGGAGUCACCAUGGUGUGUGCGAUGCCCAACACGUCGCCCGCCAUCACCGACGCCAGCACCCUGACGCUGGUGCAGAAGCUGGCUAAAGCAGGCUGCCGCUGCGACUACGCUCUGUAUCUGGGAGCUGCUUCAGACAACGCUGCCAUCCUGCCGUCCAUCGCUAGCCAGGCGGCCGGGCUGAAGAUGUACCUGAACGACACGUACUCCACGCUGAAGAUGGACAACGUCUCGCUCUGGAUGGAGCACUUUGAGAAGUGGCCAAAGCAGAUGCCGAUUGUCGCUCACGCCGAGAAGCAGACGGUCGCUGCGAUCCUGAUGGUGGCUCAGCUCUACCAGCGGCCGGUCCACAUCUGCCACAUCGCCAAGAAGGAGGAGAUCCUGAUCAUCCGGGCCGCUAAGCAGAAAGGCAUCCAGGUGACGUGCGAGGUGGCGCCUCAUCACCUCUUCCUCUGUGAGGACAACGUGGCAGACAUCGGAGACGGGCGAGCGCAGGUUCGACCCAUGCUGGGGUCGCGGGAGGACAUGGAGUCUCUGUGGGAAAACCUGGACAUCAUCGACUGCUUCGCCACAGAUCACGCUCCUCACUCUGUGGAGGAGAAGAGCGCAGAACGUCCUCCUCCAGGUUACCCCGGUCUGGAGACGAUGCUGCCGCUGCUGCUCACCGCCGUCAGUGACGGACGCCUCACUCUGGAUGACAUCAUCAGGCGUCUAUAUGACAACCCACGCAGGAUCUUUAACCUGCCUGUACAGGAGAACACCUACGUGGAGGUGGACCUGGAGCAGGAGUGGGUGAUUCCUCAGGCCAUGCAGUUCACAAAGUCCAAGUGGACUCCUUUCCAGGGUCUGAAGGUGAAGGGGAAAGUCCUCCGCGUGGUUCUGAGAGGAGAGGUGGCCUACAUCGACGGCCAGGUGUUGGUUCCUCCAGGUUACGGUGAAGAUGUGAAGACCUGGCCCGCUGCCGUCCAUCCUUCUGAAGUGGUUAAAGAAUGUCCGAUGACUCCAGAGCACCCUCGUCCCACUCCUCCCAGGGAAGGCCCGGUCCGCACACGAGCACCCAGCCCCCGACGCUCAGCAGGAGAGGGCAGAUACCUGCUGCCACCGCGCAUCCACCGCUCCUCUGAUCCAGGUCUACCUCCAGAGAUGGUCAUGCUCCCACCGAGCGGUGUCAUUGACGGUUACAGCCACCCUCCUCCUCUGUCCAGGCUGCUCUCCCCUCAGUCAGGACCGGGUCCACUACCUGUUGGACCGGUGCCCCACGUCCAGACCUCUCCUCUGCUGCACCCUCUGGUGGGCCAGCACAUCCUGUCCGUGAGGCAGUUCAGCAAAGAGCAGAUGUCUCACCUCUUUAACGUCGCUCACAAUCUGCGUCUGAUGGUUCAGAAGGAGCGAGGCCUGGACAUCCUGAAGGGUAAAGUGAUGGCGUCCAUGUUCUACGAGGUCAGCACUCGCACCAGCAGCUCCUUCGCGGCCGCCAUGCAGCGUCUGGGCGGCUCGGUCGUCCACUUCAGCGAGGCCACCUCGUCCGCACAGAAGGGAGAGUCUCUGGCCGACUCCGUCCAGACCAUGAGCGCCUACGCAGACGUCCUGGUGCUGAGACACCCCACACCUGGAGCUGUAGAGAGUGCGUCUCGUCCCUGCCGUAAGCCGGUGAUCAAUGCUGGAGAUGGCGUCGGGGAGCAUCCAACGCAAGCUCUGCUGGACGUCUUCACCAUCAGGGAGGAGCUGGGGACGGUCAACGGCAUGACGAUAACUAUGGUCGGGGAUCUGAAACACGGUCGCACGGUCCAUUCCCUCGCCAAGCUGCUGACUCAGUACCGCAUCACGCUGCGCUACGUGGCUCCCAAGAACCUCCACAUGCCGGCAGAGAUCAUCGACUACGUGGCCUCAAAGGGAAUCAAGCAGGAGGAGUUUGACAGCAUCGAGGAGGCUCUGCCUGAGACCGACGUCCUCUACGUGACGAGGAUCCAGAAGGAGAGGUUCGCCACUGAGGACGAGUACACAGCUUGUUUCGGUCAGUUCAUCCUCACUCCUCACAUCAUGACCGUGGCCAAGAAGAAGAUGGUGGUGAUGCAUCCGCUGCCCAGAGUCAAUGAGAUCAGUGUGGAAGUGGACACCGACCCCAGAGCUGCUUAUUUCCGCCAGGCAGAGAACGGCAUGUACAUCCGUAUGGCCCUGCUGGCCACCGUACUUGGGAGAUAGAUCUGCAGAAUCACACACACACACACACUUAUAGAGUAAUAAUAAGAGUUUAGACACCAGCAUUCUCUCUCCUGAAAUCUGCCUUUUCCUGUCUUUAAAGGGACGUUAGUAAAGUUCAGUCAAGCAUUAGAAUAAGUCACUGUUGUAUCAUGAUGCUGCUGUCCCUCACGUUACCAGACCUCUCCUUCUAUACAUAUCUUUAGAACACACCGUCAACCUUUCCGUCUGUCGUUGAUCAAACUGAAGGUGGAGUAGAGAGGUGUGCAGUGUGACGGAGCGAUUAAUGAAAUGAAAUCUUUAGGGACCUUCGGUGACGUUGGAUCACUGUAAUCAAGCUGCUGUCACGGUUUCCCUCACGCACUGAGCUGCAGGUCGAAUCAAAGGGACGAUUUCUGAUCUAUAAAAGGGAGAGAGCGACCUCCAGCAGCAUGGUGUAAGGGAUCACUGUAUUAUCAUUACAUGUUUCACAUACCGUUAAGAAACAUCUACUGUUGUCUCCUGUGACAUUCCUUUUUACCUACAUGUGUAGCAUUAUCUCAGAGAGGAUACUAUCACACAGCUCAUGUUAUAUCCUGAUGGUGGAGGCCGACGCUGUUACUGUCACUCAUUUCUUCUUGUUACUGUAGAAGUGAAGAAGCAGACGUUUCUGUCUGGGAAUUAUUGGUGAAUGACUUUGUAUUAUUUUAUUUGUAUUGUGGAGAUAAAUGAUAAAUAAAAGACACUUUUUUCCCUUUUGCAGUUAA